GCCGCUCCGCGCCUCCGCCGUCUGCCUGCCCCGCCGCUCGCCGCGCCUCCCGAGCUGCCGCCCACGGCGACCGCGUCGUGCCCGCUCGCUCCGGCCCGCUCGCGCCAGCCCCGGGCGGCCCGGGGCAUUCAGCGCUCUCGCGAGAAGUGCGCCGCUGCGGGGCAGUGGGGGCGCCGGGGCGGGCGCGGGCCCUCGACGGGCCGAAGAUGGGGUGGUGCAAGGUGAUAACUCUUUUGCUGCUACUGGCGCUCGUCCUCCACCCCUGGAGUCCCUGCCUAGGAACGGACUCGCAGAAGCCCUCUGGCAUCCCCACAGAUAAAUUAUUAGUAAUAACUGUAGCAACAAAAGAAACUGAUGGAUUCCAUCGAUUUAUGCAGUCAGCCAGAUAUUUCAAUUAUACUGUGAAGGUCCUUGGUCAAGGAGAAGAGUGGAGAGGUGGUUAUGGAAUUAAUAGUAUUGGAGGGGGCCAGAAAGUAAGAUUAAUGAAAGAAGUCAUGGAACAUUAUGCCCAUCAAGAUGAUCUGGUUGUCUUGUUUACUGAAUGCUUUGAUGUCAUAUUUGCUGGUGGUCCAGAGGAAGUUCUAAAAAAGUUCCAAAAGAUGAACCACAAAGUGGUCUUUGCAGCAGAUGGAAUUCUGUGGCCAGAUAAAAGACUAGCAGACAAGUAUCCCAUUGUGCACAUUGGGAAACGCUACCUGAAUUCAGGAGGAUUUAUUGGCUAUGCUCCCUACAUCAAUCGUAUAGUUCAACAAUGGAAUCUCCAGGAUAAUGAUGAUGAUCAGCUCUUUUACACUAAAAUUUACAUUGAUCCACUGAAAAGGGAAGCUAUUAACAUCACAUUGGAUCACAAAUGCAAAAUUUUCCAGACCUUAAAUGGAGCUGUAGAUGAAGUUGUUUUAAAAUUUGAAAAUGGCAAAGCCAGAGCUAAGAAUACAUUUUAUGAAACAUUACCAGUGGCAAUUAAUGGAAAUGGACCCACCAAGAUUCUCCUGAAUUAUUUUGGAAACUAUGUACCUAAUUCGUGGACACAGGAUAAUGGCUGCACUCUUUGUGAAUCCGAUACAAUUGACUUGUCUGCGGUAGAUGUCCAUCCAAAUGUAACAAUAGGUGUUUUUAUUGAGCAACCAACUCCAUUCCUACCUCGAUUUUUGGACCUACUUUUGACACUGGAUUACCCAAAAGAAGCACUUAAACUUUUUAUUCAUAAUAAAGAAGUUUAUCAUGAAAAGGACAUCAAGGUGUUUUUUGAUAAAGCUAAACAUGAAAUCAGUACUAUAAAAAUAGUAGGACCAGAAGAAAAUCUAAGUCAAGCGGAAGCCAGAAACAUGGGAAUGGAUUUUUGCCGUCAGGAUGAGAAGUGUGAUUACUACUUUAGUGUGGAUUCAGACGUUGUUUUGACAAACCCAAGGACUUUAAAAAUUUUGAUUGAACAAAACAGAAAGAUCAUUGCUCCUCUUGUAACUCGUCAUGGAAAGCUAUGGUCCAACUUCUGGGGAGCAUUGAGUCCUGAUGGAUACUAUGCCCGAUCUGAAGAUUAUGUGGAUAUUGUUCAAGGGAAUAGAGUAGGUGUUUGGAAUGUCCCCUACAUGGCUAAUGUGUACUUAAUUAAAGGAAAGACACUCCGAUCAGAGAUGAAUGAAAGAAACUAUUUUGUUCGCGAUAAAUUGGAUCCUGAUAUGGCUCUUUGCCGAAAUGCUAGAGAAAUGACUUUACAAAGGGAAAAAGACUCCCCUACUCCGGAAACAUUCCAAAUGCUCAGCCCCCCAAAGGGUGUAUUUAUGUACAUUUCUAAUAGACAUGAAUUUGGAAGGCUAUUAUCAACUGCUAAUUACAACACUUCCCAUUAUAACAAUGACCUCUGGCAGAUUUUUGAAAAUCCUGUGGACUGGAAGGAAAAGUAUAUAAACCGUGAUUAUUCAAAGAUUUUCACUGAAAAUAUAGUUGAGCAGCCUUGUCCAGAUGUCUUUUGGUUCCCCAUAUUUUCUGAAAAAGCCUGUGAUGAAUUGGUAGAAGAAAUGGAGCAUUAUGGCCAGUGGUCGGGGGGAAAACAUCAUGAUAGCCGUAUAUCUGGUGGUUAUGAAAAUGUCCCAACUGAUGAUAUCCACAUGAAGCAAAUUGAUCUGGAGAAUGUAUGGCUUCAUUUUAUCCGGGAGUUUAUUGCACCAGUUACACUGAAGGUCUUUGCAGGCUAUUAUACAAAGGGAUUUGCACUACUAAAUUUUGUAGUAAAAUACUCCCCUGAGAGACAACGUUCGCUUCGCCCUCAUCAUGAUGCUUCUACCUUUACCAUCAACAUUGCACUCAAUAACGUGGGAGAAGAUUUUCAGGGAGGUGGAUGCAAAUUUCUAAGGUACAAUUGUUCUAUUGAAUCACCACGAAAAGGCUGGAGCUUCAUGCAUCCUGGGAGACUCACACAUUUGCACGAAGGACUUCCUGUUAAAAAUGGAACAAGAUACAUUGCAGUAUCAUUUAUAGAUCCCUAAGUUAUUUACUUUUCAUUGAAUUGAAUUUUCGUUUGAAUGGAUGACUGGCAUGAACAUGUCUUUGAAGUUGUGCUUGAGAAGAUAAGAAGAAUAUUUAAAUAACUUCAACAGAACGACUUCACUUUGGGCAAAACCUUUGAAAAACUUUCUAUAAAAAAUUGUUUGAUAUUUCUUAAUGUCUGCUCUGAGCCUUAAAACAUAGGUUGAAGAAGAAAAGAAAGAAAAAGUAAAAGAAAAUAUUUAUUUCUAUGCUUUCUUGUCUCUGAGAAUAAUGACAAUUUUAUGAAUUUACGUUUCAAGUUGAUAAAAUAUUCAGGUACAAAUAUACAAGUGACAAAUAACACUAAUAAUAUUUUCUUAUUUAAGAAAGCCUGGGAAGAAUUUUGUUUGUCAACGCGUAGAGGAAAUGUAGACACAGUGGACAUAAAUGAAAAUUGCAAGUCUCAAAAGCUUGGAAAUCUGAUUCUAACUGAAUUUGUGUGCUGUUGUUAAAGUACUUUUUUGAACACCUAUGCAGGUGUCAUUUACAGUAGUUACUAAGGGAACACAAAAUAUUAUACAAUGGUUUUCCUCAAGAAAAUUAGUACAGAAACACAACCAAGGAGCACAUCCAGUUGAAACUAUUUUUGUUUAGACUGUUAGAUUAUUUUACAUUUGUAUUAGAAAAUAUAUUUUCUUCAGAUGAAUCUUCCAAUGUGGAUUAUAUUAAGUAGAUAUUAUUAGAUUUAGGAAAGCCUUUCCAUUUCUUAAAGUAUACCAAGCAUCGACUUAUGAUCAGCAAGUGUCCUUAAGUCAAAACAGGUUUGUUUUUUUUUUUUGGUUUGGUUCCUUUUUAAAAAAAAAUAUUGAAAAUAGUGAAAAAAAGAAAAAUUUUGUUGCGAAUAGUAGUGUAUUUUAUGAUUUUUUAAAAACACUUUUUAAGUACUUGAAUUUUAUAUCAGGACUAUAAAGUUAUUGAGCCUUGCUUCUUCCCUUCUGCCCUUUGUCUCUCUCCUUAUUCUUUUUUUGGAGAAAGGUUAUUCACUUUUUUCUUAUCCUGGGAUGAUCUCCAUUUUAUCCUUCUUAGUAUCUUUAUUACCUUUCAUUUAUGCUUUUAAAAAAUUCCCCAACAAAAAAUGUGUUGACUUGAUUUUUCAUCAUUUCUCUGAGUAAGGUUUAAAUAUCCUUAUUGUAGCUACUGUUUUUAAUUUAAAGGUUGAACUUGAAAAGAUGUUCUUAAUCAUGGUGCCAAAAUUCAUUUUCUAACACCAUGUGUUAGAAAAUUAUGAAAAAUAAAAUAAUUU